AUGGAGGACAAGGGCCGUAAUCUACUGAGCCAGCUGAGCGGGCUGCGUCUCAGCGACGGCACUGUCGUUGGCAACCGCCUCAGCAGCGGCAACACCCUUCCCGUGCUCUCUAACUUCAGCUCCUGUUCAACCCCCACUGCCACGAGUCCUUCCAACUCUCCUGCGUCGGCACUGGCGAGUGACUCGACCGAUACAGUUAGCGGGGUGCACGGGAAACAGCAGCGCCGUGGCAAUCGCGCGCCAUGCGUAAACUCGGAGGAGUUUGAGUCACCGACCUCAGGCGUCACCGACAAGAUCAACCGACUCCUCGCUCAGAAUAAAGGGUCCUUGGCGAGCAGCGCAGCCGCUGCAGGCAGGUCAUCUUCUGGUGGCAACCGCGACGAUGGUGGCGCGAGCAUUCUCUCGUCGCUCGCCGCACAAAUAGGUCACACCCCAUCUCUGUUGCCCAGCAAAGGCGCUGUCGACCCGACCCGCACUUCGAUGCCGACAGCGGCAAGUACAGUGUUUGCCCCUGCGGCAUCGGAAUCGACUGUCGCCGUGCCAAAGCCACGCUCCGUGGAGGUCGCCAUAACCGCGUCUACCAAGACCACCGCAGCCGUGAUCACCCCCGCUGCGGCUGAGUCGCUCAAUCCGAAGGUGAUGGAGUUCUUCACCAAGGCUGCCGGUGUUUCUCGGCCACCGCCGCCGCUGGUUGAAUCGAUAGCGGUGCUGAAGAGAGCUAUUGUUAUCGAGGAGUCAAAGAACGGCAAGGCGACAGAUGUCCGCAAGGAUAAGGCAGCCGCGGCCGGAACUGCAGCGUCGUCGUCAUCGUCCGUGUCGCCCGCCCCUGCGGCAGCUUCGAGUAACGUGCGCUCUGCACACCAGGCGUCCUCCCCGGCCAAGGGACAGAGGGAGUCGACGGACCCGACCAACAAGUUUCUGGUAGAUGCCUUCGGAGCGAUCGACAACCUGGACGCCGCCAAGCCCAUUAUCCGUGUGGCCCCGGAGAUUCCGCGCGAGGGACGGUACAUCAUCGUUGGCGACGUGCACGGAUGCGUGGAUCAGCUGGAGCAGCUGGUGGAGAAGGUAAAGUACGUGAAAGGAAAGGACUGUCUCCUCAUCAUUGGUGAUUAUGUGAACAAAGGGCCCGACUCAAUCGGUGUGGUACGCACUUGUCAGCGCCUUGGUGCGUACGGGGUGUUGGGCAACCACGACUACACCCUGCUGCGGUGUUGCGCACGUAUGCGGCGUCGCCCCUUCACCCCCGACGACCUCCGCGACCCGGUAAAGCGACUGGCCCAGAAGCUGCCAAAGGACUGUGAGUACUACCUGCGCGGUCUGCCUCAUAUCGUACGCAUUCCUCGCUACAACGUCCUCCUCGUGCACGCCGGGCUCAACCUCCAAUACGCCUUGGAGAACCAAAAUGUUGAGGAGGUGAUGCACCUGCGCCGACUGGAGAUGGUGCCGAACAAGCCGGGGAUGUUCAAGGCAAUCACCAAGGGGGUGGAGGGGGCGCCGUGGGCGAAGCUGUGGAGAGGACCUGAGACGGUCAUCUUCGGCCAUGACGCCUACUCAGGCUUCCAGGCGCACGCGCACGCCUGUGGGAUCGACACUGGCUGUGUCUACGGCGACCCGUUGACUUGUGUCGUGUAUGGUCGAGGGAGCCCUGCAGGCGAGUUUUUCUCCGUGCCUGGGCUGCCCAAGUUGGAGAAUGAGACGAAGGGUCUGCCCCCGCCGCGCUCCGACAUUUACGAGCAGGAGGACAUGGACCUCGGGAAGCUCAUUAUUCGACCCACCUCUCGCGCCACGCCGGCCAUGAUGAACGGCAGCGUCGACUCUCGUCCGGUGUUCCUGGCAGCACCGCUGGACUACAAGGAGGGUGAGGAAAGCGGCACCGCCGGUGCGUCCACUGCUCCCAGUGUGAAGGCGUCGAACAUCACGGCAACGGUCACCAGUACCAACACGCUGAUGACGCCCGCUUCCACGCCUCCUGUACGUAUCAGCACACCGACGUGCGCCAUCAAUGAUCGACUCAUGGAGACGACCACCGUCAACACGCGCGAGGUGCAGCGUGCGACGCUGCUGGCCCUCUCUGCCACGCGCGAGCUUUCCGCGAUUGCGGUGCUGCUCGCGAUGCCCCUGUACGAUCAAGAGAUCGAUGCGAUGCUGGGGGCGGAAAGCGCUGAUAAAGUUUCACAGGAGGCCUUCUGGGAGCCCUUCACUCGCCUCAUCCUUGUUGCGGCGGCGGAGAUGCCUAAAGACAACGCAGCGACACUUGCAGGGGUAGAGGCAACGCUGCAGCUCGCCUUCGAUGUGUGUGAGGAAAUGGAGGCGGUGGGGAGAAAGCUGCAGCCGGAGCUGAAGAAGUUUCUCGAGAGGGAGAGGGAGAGCCCUGCAUGGUCCAAGCGGAUCGUGAAAUGCGCGGAGACGCUGGUGGUAGUGUAA